GUUGGGAACUUCCGCCAAAGAGACGGAGCAUGUCCAUUGUACGGAGUGUUCUGAAAGAGUGCCGCGAUUGUUGAGGGACAAACUGAGAAAUACGUGUUUUUAUUUCACACACAAGUUCGGGCGGUUUCAGCCGGUCGUUGCAUUUUAUCCCGGGGACGGAGCAGUGAUUGUCGGAUGGGGAUUUAACCGAACUUUAUCGGUUUGUUUCGGGAGGAAACGGCGGCGGUUUCUCCAUAGGAAUUUGAUGGUUAGUUAGCAUCAGUGCUAACACCGAAGAGAGCUCACAUUAGCAGCUGCAGCUGGUUUCAUUGGGAAUUUCAGCGUUUUUACAGGCGGAAAAUGUCUUUAAGUGAUAGAAAAGUGUCGAAAUAAGAGAAACAUCAGCGACUUAGCCCAGCUAGCUAACAGCCGGGGUGUUUCACAGACGCCUGAACAACAACAGGACUUUACAGCCUCUCUACAGGCGGUUUUUUUCGUGUUUUUAGUGUGUUUGUGGAUUUAUUCACCUCCUUCAGGAUGAAUGGGUUCAGCACAGAGGAGGACAGCCAUGAUGGACCGCCUGCCCCUCCGUUUUACGGGCAGAGCUGCUGUCUGAUCGAGGACGGGGAGCGGUGCGGCCGAUCAGCUGGAAACGCUUCAUUCAGCAAGAGGAUCCAGAAAAGUAUAUCCCAGAAAAAACUCAAACUGGACAUCGAUAAGAGUGUAAGUGUGAUUUUAAAGGAGUUUCAGAGCUUAAACAGGAGCUGAAAGUUUCAGUUCCAGAGGGGGGAAAGUUUGGCUGCUGUAGCUGACAGCUUCACUAACGUUCACCAGGAAGCUAGCUGGUUAUUGUCCACGAACAUGAACGAAUUAAGAGUUUAUUUUUUGUUGGUUUUGUGUGUCUUGAUGUUGUUUUGUUGUAGUUAUUGUUGUUUUCGUCUCACAGUUUGGUUUUGGUGCCAGAAACUCAUGAAUUCUCAUCCGGGGUGUUCUGUCGAAACGUGCUACCGAAAGAGACGUGCCGCUAGUGUGUACGCAUGCGCAGAAUCCACUUCUAGUUUUGAGUACAGGGGCAAAUACAAACGUUCUCCUAUCUAGAAUGAUAGGGAGCAUAAAUAAGAACUUAAUAUAAUAAAAUAAAAAUAAAAAGCAACAACAGCGUAAACAAAACACAACAUAAAAUAAAAUAGAAAUAUAGCUGCUGUUCACCACAGACAGUCAUAUACCAUUUAGUUCCCAAGUUACAAUUCAGUUAAUGCCACUCAAACAACAACAAAAUUACAAUGGUAUGUCAUUCAGAUAUAAUGAACAUAUUUCCUUAACAUAGUGGCUUUAAUUAUUCUUUUAAAUGUAAUGUAUGACUUCCAUAAACUGGUUCCUUUUAUAGAAAUACAACAGUCCAUCAAUUUAGUCCUGAAUCUUGUUUUUUAAAUUCUACUUGUUUUCUCUUUUUUAAAGUCUUUUCUGAAUGUUGAUUGGCAAAAAAAUUUUAUUAAUAUUUUUUUAUGGGGCUUUAUCGGAAUGGGGAGCGUACAUAUUAUUAACUUAGAACUUACACAAUAUGAACAAAAUAAUAACUAAAUAUGAAAGCGAACACAUAAUAUAAAAAUGAAAUUAAAUGAUGAAAUAACUUUAAGAGGUAAAUAAAUUUGGAGUGAAGGACAGAAGUGUAUUAAAGGAGAGUAUAGGGGGGUAAGAUGAUCCAGUUUUCAUAUUUCUGAUCACUACUCAACUCUAUUUGUAAAGCACUUUAAAACAACCACAACUGAACAAAGUGCAUCAUCCGUAAUAUUCCACGGAUUUAUCAUGAACCCACCCCGCCGAUCAGUGCCUCUGCGUCAUUUCCGGUCCGGUCUCAGCAUUCACAUUAUUCCACUUUGUAGAAGUUUGUAGGUAAUGACUUGAGAAGAAAAACAGCUACACCGCUCAAACACAGAGCAACUCUCAUUUCAGUGGUUUCCUUAAACAGACCUCUGCUGCUCUGAAUUAGUCAGCUGUUGCCAGGGAAGCUGACUGUGUUGAGUAACAUCAGCCAUGCUUGAGUUUAAGUCCUCGCUCCAAGUUGACUACAUGUUCAUAAAAAUAUCCACUAAUCCCUCCAAAGUUAUCUGAACCUCACGCCCAGAUCUGUCCUUCUGAAAUGGUUGUGUAAAUAUCCGAGCAUGUGUGUAACCUGAGAUUUUCAGCUUGAAGAUCCGAGUCAAACACAGACUGGUUAUCCUCUCAGGUCGUUUCAGACUUUAGUAGAAAACUGCAGCAGGCCCGUGUCAGUGUUCCUGCUGUGUGUGACCUGCUGAGAACUUAAGGCAGCAGUUAGCAUUUACAUCGAACAAAGACUCAGAGGAAGCAGGGGGUCUUGAUGGUCCUGCAGCUCCUCUUUUCUCCCACCUUCUCAUGCAAACAGCAGUAUUGUCUGUGAGAGGAGAGAUGUCUAAUGAAUAUAAUUCUACGCCGUAACAGGAGAUUUGAAUCUGCUUUAACCUGCUGUUGAUGUUUUAACUUCUGCUUAACUUGAUUAUUUUCUAUUUAACAUGUUUUUAUUUGUACUUUUAAGAAUUGAAGUGUUUUUUAAAGGCACUCUGUAGAUAAAAUGAGUCCUGAUUCUUACACUUCUCUACUGUCUUUUCUGUAUCUGUAGGUGCGACAUCUCUACAUCUGUGACUUCCACAAGAACUUCAUUCAGAGCGUGCGCAACAAGAGGAAGAGGAAGACCAGCGACGACGGAGGAGAGUCUCCGGAUCAUGACGUGGAGGUGCCCGAGGUAAUGAGACUGAAAUGUUGCUUCAUCAUAGAGGUUGUUGUAGAUGCAGACAAAAACGAAAACAGGAAUCAUCAGAAGAAGAAGAAGAGCUAAAACAAACAAAAAAUUCAGAACGAUUCGACCUUUAUCUGGUUAUUUUUUCUGUUUACUCCUGCAGUGACCUGUUUUCAUCAUUAAAUCUCCUCUUCUUUAAAAGAUAAAAACAGGCAGACGCUCCCAUGACUCUGAGAUUAGAACCUUUUACUUAUACGUCAUGAUCUGAUUGUGUCUGCGUCUCUGUCGCUGUUUCAGGUCGACCUUUUCCAGCUGCAGGUGAACACACUGAGACGCUACAAGCGACACUACAAGCUGCAGACCAGACCGGGACUCAACAAGGCGCAGCUUGCAGAGGUAAGACCGCCGCAGAAAAACGACUGAGAGGAAGUUUUGUGUCAGGACUGGAGAGCUAAGGUCUUAAACUUGUCUCUGGUUGAGGUUCGAGCAUCUUUGAGACAUACGGGGUUAAAUAGUUUGGUCAGAACCAGGGCAGAGUUUGCUGAAGGUCACUGAAGGUCACUCGUCUCUUGAUCUCAAACUUUGGGAGCUUCACUGAGAAAGUUACUGAUGUGAGAAUCAAAACAGGCAGAUGAACAAACACAGCUGUGUACGUGAGUGUGUCAGAUAUUCACCUUUAGGCUUUAAUGAGCAGAAAACACCUGAAAUGUGUGAACUGAGGAUCUACCGGUGUCUUCUCUCUCUCCAUAACCGGGAAUAACAACAGCAGCGCGGUUAAAUCUACUCGACACCCUCACUGUCAACGUCGGUGUUGAAUAAGGGACCGUCAAUAAAUUACUGGUUGAUGUUCUCAGAAAAGGUUGUUCUCCUUCAAUAGCUUCACUGUCAUGUGACCAAAAGACCUAAAAUUGAUUUUAAAUAAUAGUACUAAGGUCAAUCAAUAAGAAUCUGAAAAGUUAGCGUCACGCCCUCGAACAAACCUUUCUAAAUCGGCUUUUAAGCUGUGAACUGUUGUUUUAUUGUCUUUUCAUUUUACGUCUUUUUAACCUUUUAUAUUGUUGGUCUUAUUUCUUAAAAAAUUCUGUAUUUUAAAUAAUGUUUAUUUCUGUAAAGCGUCUUUGAGCACCUGUAAAAACUAAAUAACUAAAAUUUAUCAUUAUCAGGUCCUCUGUAUCCCGUCUGACCCGGGUUUAUAAGAGUGAACAGGCCUUUUUAAACACACACAGACCCUCCCCACACAGAUCUGUCUGUUCAGCGUGGAAAUAAAUCUGUUGUUUGAGUUUCACCUCCUGGUCCAUUCCUGCCAACACUCCUGUAUUUCCUCCUGUAUCUCAGACCUCUCUCCCGCCCUCUUCCCGUAUUGUCAUUUCUCCCAGAAUCUCCUGUUGUUUGAUGGUCCACCUUCAUUCAUUCAUGAAUCGGAUCUCUAUAUUUGUCCAAAGUGUUUCUUCUGAGCCUCACAGACUCUGGUUUGAUACUUUGACUUUACAGUUUGGGAUGAUUCAGGUCGGUUUAAGCUCUAAACUAUAUUUAAAGAGUGUUUGUUGAUAAAUGAGCACUUAAAAGAAAGGGAAACAAACCUGAGAUCUAAUGUUUACGUUGAUCAUCUUUCAGCGUCUCGGAGUGAUGCGUUCAGGGCAGCCUCAGAUAAAAGAGUGCUGUAUUUCACACACAGAUGUUCAGAGAGACUCAUACAGGAGAGAGCGUGGAGAACAGAUGAGGACUUAAAUAUUAGUGGAAUAAAUUAAAGUUCACAUCGUAGCUUUUAUUUUUUAUUUUCAUUUGUUAUUAUUAAAACAAAACAAAAAAGUCUGCAGCUUCACUUCGACUGAUUUGAAAGGUUUGAACGUUGUUCCCGUGGCGUUGUUUACAUGUUAUCAGCUGUUUUUAACACACAGGAGAACUCGUACUCGUCCCAAACUCCGCCCCCUCUGCUCAGUGGAGAAAACUCCUGUUUGUUUCUGAUUGUGGACUCUUGUGGACUCGGUGCCACCUGUAGUACCUGGAUUUCCUUCAUUUACUGUGAUCUACACAGUGUCACAGGUCCCACUCCACACUAAUUGGUCGAGGGGAGAUCGUUAGACUCAUUUCCUAAACCGACAGGUGGACUUUGCUGCAGCUGGCCGGACUCUGGUCCUCACAAAAACCUCCUGUAUGCAGGGGUCUGGGCCGGUCGGGGGGCCGCGGUGAGUGGGGGGGCUGUGACUGUGGAGCAAACAUCAGGAAUGAAUGAGUGAAUGAAUGGAAGGUGAAUGUUUCCCCAGGCUGUUGGUCAGGUUCAGGUCCUCGUAUUAAUGAGCGCCCCACAUCAUGAAUAAAGCUCCAGUCAACAGCCUUCAACCAGAACCAGCUGUCCCAGUACACUCAGGAGGGUCCGGCUGUUUUAGAGGGGAACGUGGUUCUCUUUGAGGUUCCUCUCCAGAUCCAGAUGAACACCUGAGACCUGAUCUGAUGUCUCCCUCCGCUUCUUUCCUCACUCUGUUUGUGUUUUUUUUACACGGCUAACAAAGUCGACCCGCCUCGACAUUAAGACCCCUAAAUCUGGGCACUGUCAGGUCACAGGAUCAUCUGAGCGAAAACCUUUAAACCGGUCUGGUUUUCUAGAUCAUAACAGACAAACUUGGACUUUUACUUUAUCAUGAUUCUGAGUCUCUAACCUCUUAGCCUGGUGUCAGCUGACCUCCCCUCCUCUCUCCUCCUUCUGCUCCUCCUCCUCUCUGCUCUCCUCUUUCCUCCUGUAACACCAGAAACCUUCUGGUGUCCAUGAUCCUGAUGACUGUUGAGGUUAGAGCUGCAACGACUGGUCAACGUAAUCGACAAAAAUCAAUAAUGAAAAAAGUCGACUAUUGUCACCAGACGUGUUUUUUCCAGUGGAGUGAGGUGUCUUACUUCAUUACCAUCUCUGCCUAGAGUCACACAUGUACAACAGUGUCUCUGCAGAGCGGUAGGGUAUUCAAACAUGGUGGCGCCGGCGUUGCACGAGUCAGCGAUUUAAAAACCUCUCAAGUGUGGGAGCGCUUAAGCCGAGAUAAUAGAAGUGUUCCAACAAUGGUACCUCACGAUUCGAUUAUGGGAGCUUCAAUUCUUCGAUUAUAAUGAUUGUCGGUUCGAUUAUUGCUGCUGCGAUUCUUCGAUUAUUUCCAUUUUUAAAGCUUUUCUCUGUACAAAAUAAAUUUGUCUUCAUUUGUGUCGACAUGUAAAUAAACAGCCUAUCAAUGAACUCAGUUCCUCUAAAACUACACUCGAUAAGUAAAUAACGAGGGUUUUUUUCAACAUUUGACUUCAAAACAUUUUAUUUUAUGACUGUUAUGUGAACGUUUGAACCUUCUCUGUUUGGGGUUAAAAGCGAACAAGUUGCCGCCUCACGUUUGUGGGUCGCUGACUCUUAUUUUAAAUCGUGUCGCUCUCGUCCGUCGUCUUGUUCGCUCUCUUAUAAAACCAAAAGUACUUCCACACGGUUGCAGUCAACCCUGGUGGCGAGAUAAUCGACCGCCGCUCUUCGUGGGCAAAGACUCGACGAUAUCAUUUAUUUAUUUUUCUCAAGCAUCGACGUUAAUAAAUCGAUGCUGAAUCGUCACGAUCAGUUCAUCGACGCAUCGAUUUCUACAAGAAAAGGCGAAGAAAGAAAAAUAACCUGCGAGGUUUCCAAAGCAGACCUUGAGUAUCGUGGCGACCCGCCGUCGAUGCACGAACAUUUGAGGAGAAGGCACGUCGGCAUGUCGGACGAACAGUUAGACUCGCCUUGGUAAGAUAUUCGCUUCAUCACACGCAGACUGAGACAUCACCAAGAAAACGUGUUACCGUAAAUAAGCACACGGAGCUCUGCAGCUUCCGUAUCCUCGCGGAGUUAUUAACGAGUUAAAUAAAGUUUGACUUUUCUGACUGUUUGUUUGGUUUAAUGCACCUUAUCUUUGAAAAUAGACGCGUUCACCGAUGGUGCGCCUUUUUGUGCGAAAAAAAACGGUAGCUUGAAUUUACGUUUUCGUUAAAUCAAAUCUGCAUUUUUCAUUGAAGUACCUGUAAUUCUGCGUUUAUUAUCGUUGUCUCAAGUUUAAUUUAAUAUAAAGUUCAUAAAUAUCCGAUCAGUCGACGAAUCGUUUCAGUAGUCGUCAGUCGCAGUUCUAGUCGAGGUUCGCCGUUUGAUCUGUUUGUCAUGACAUGAAGAAAGUCUCCUCCUCAAUCUGAAUCUGAACCUCCUUCUCUCUCUCUUCUCUCCGCAGACGGUGAGUCGUCACUUCAGGAACAUCCCCGUGAACGAGAAGGAGACCCUGACCUAUUUUAUUUACAUGGUGAAGAGCAGCAAGAGCCGCUUGGACCAGAAGGGCGACGGCGGCAAACCGCUGGACUAAACGUCCCGUCGAACGGCGUCGACCGCAGCAGCAGCAGCAGCAGCAGCAGUAGCUCCGACACGAACCAACAGAAAUCCAGAAAAACAAAAACAACAGCAAUCACCAAACCAGGACUCAGCAACCAAAAGCGGCGAGGACUCAGAGGAGCUUUGGCGAGGAGGAGGAGGAGGUCUCUGUAGACUGCUGAGGAUCAGGACUCUCUGCAGGGUUUCGAGUCGUCACGCUGUCAUAUGUCACUGUCAAUAUGUACAAAAAGAAAGCGUGUGAUCUUUGCGAUGUACAAAAGGCUGCCUUAAGAGUCGAAACGACGACUUUGUGUUUUUGGGGAUUUUGGGGGAUCUUCUCUUUCGCUGAUCUGACUGUUAACCCUCGGAGAGCGCGGGGUCGCGUGUGCCAAACGGAAACGGAGCCGAACGAGGUCGAGUGUCUGGUUAUUUCUUAAUUUGAUAGUGAGUGAAGGAGCCGUCGGGAGGAAGUUUAGCACAUCAAGAUCAGGAUUCAUGAUGUAGCAUUUGGCCACGCCCCCGCUGGUUUCCCUCUUCGCUCGCCGUUUUCCCGUGCGUAUAAACUCCAGUACGGUUUCUUUUCUCCGGUAGAUCGUUUCUUUGUUCGCGUCGUAGCUCAGUUUUCUUUAGCUCAGCCUUAAGUUGUAAAAAGUCGUGUCUGUCCGCACAUAAGAUUUCCAUUUCUCGCCGCUCCUGCGUGUGAUUGGGGCUUGAGAGAAACACUGUAAUUGAUCAGAGCCUCCUUUAAACUGAUGAAUGAUUACCGAUUGGAAAAACCUGCCCUCGAAGCCUUAAUCAAUCACACUUUUAUUGGACGUUUUCUAAAGAGGUCUUAAAGAAGUUUUACAUUUUUACGCCUAAUUUAAAAACUGCUGCUUUCUGUUCAUCGCAAGAAUAAUGUGAAGGUUAGCGCCACGCCUUUGACUCGCCUGAAAUUCGGUUGAAUCACUUCUUAAAAUGAUCUGAAUGCAUUUCCUCCAAUCUUUUAUUUAUUAUUCUGUCAGAUAUUUGUGCGAUCGAUGAAAUGAGCGCGUUACCCGACAGUUUCAGGUGGAGCUGAAAUUCGAUGUUAUUUCGCGGAUUAUCCCUUUUUUUUAAUCCCUGAUCGGUGACCCCAUGAUGACUGCUGAAAACCCUGAGAGUGAGUCACGCGUUUAUGUUACAACGGCGGCUUCGCCUGUCGUCUCCGCCUCUUCACAGGGUCAUUUUUUUGUUUUUAUUCCUUUAUUUGUUUUUUUUUUUUAGUCUCUGUUUUUCUUCAGUUGUGCUCGUAGGUUUGAUAGCGUCAUGUAGAUAACACCCGACUUUAUUAACAGAUAGGCCACGCCACAUUAAUCUAACUGUUGUAUUAGAAAAACAAAACAUAUUUAAAGAUGGCCGCUUAAUGCUCCUGAUAAUUAUAUUAAUAAAUGUAUUGUACAGGAAGAGGAGGCUGGCUUUUGUCCUUUUUUGGUCGUCCUGUGAGUGUGUGAGAAGUUAAACUUAAAAUCAAGGAAAAAGAAACUGAAGUAAGUCUGUGUUGUGUUUUCAGUACCUGUCUUCAACCACUAGGUGUCAGUGUAGCUCCUCAGUAGAGCUGACUCAGAACCUGCUGUUUUCUUUUGAGGUUUCACUUUUUAAAAUGAGUUUAUACAUGAUUUUUAACAUCUUAAACACAUUUUCACACAAACUGAGAAUCUGUUUGUUUACAAACCAGAGUUUAAACAAAUUAAAAUGUUUUUUUUUUUUAGUCAGAUAGUUAAAUAUUUCCUACUAUUCUCCUACAGAGCCACACUAAAGGUCUUCCCUGAAAAAGUCUUUGUCUAGAUGUCAGCAGAUGUUGCUCCUAAACCUGGAGAUAUUGUUUAAAACUGAGGAUGCAGCAUCUAUGAUUUCCAGUUCUUUGUUGAAAGGACAACUGUUGUCCUUUCCAAAAGAGUGUUAAAUUCUGAUUCAUCAGACCUCAGGACACUUCACAGAUGAGUGAUAUUAAACCCAUGCAGUGACUCCAACUACAGAGUCCUGAUGCUUCUAAACCUGGAGAUAUUGUUCAGCAUUAAUGAAGCCUUCACAGAUGUAGUAGAUACCCAUGACAUGGACUCUGAUGGUCCCUAAGAGAUCAGGGAUGCUGGUUCUGGACUGAGCUUGUGUUGUUUUUUUUAGUGCAGAGGAUGCAGUGUCCGUGAUUUCCAAAAAGAAACUCAUAUUUUAAAAUCAGACGCUCAUAUUUUUUUAUCUUUACUUGCUCUGCAACCACAACUCU